AAAAAUAAAAUCAUAAGGUCGAGUAAUCCACAAAAGUGCGCUCUUUAUCGUGCGAUAUUUAAACAGGCAUUUCAGGAUAGCUAUAUGGGAAGUAAACACUGAUGUGCAUCUGAGGCGGAUGUGCUGGGGAGGCAGGUGUGCAAAUCCAGGCGAGUUGGUGUAGCGAUGGACCGGUUCCUGUGGUCCAGUGGCUUGCUGGAGAUGAACGAGACAUUGGUGAUCCAGCAAAGAGGUGUCCGCUUAUACGACGGAGAUGAAAAGGCUAAGCUGGAUGUUGGAGUUGUCCUCUUGAGUACUCAUCGUCUUAUUUGGAGGGACCUCAAGAACCACGAAUGUUGCAUGGCUAUUCCUCUGUCACAGAUCAUAUUCUUUGAGGAACAGGCUGCAGGAAUAGGAAAGAGUGCUAAGAUAGUGAUUCACUUGCAUCCUGCCUCCCCCAACAAGGAUCCUGGUCCCUAUCAAAGCAGCAAGUUUUCCUACAUUAAGUUGUCGUUUAAGGAGCAUGGGCAAAUUGAGUUCUACAGGAGGCUGUCAGAGGAGAUGACCCAGAAGAGGUGGGAGAGGACACCAGUGUCCCAACCUAUCCCAACGGGAACAGGAUCACAGGCAGGAAGAACGCGAGCUGUGGGGAUCGUGGGCAUCGAGAGGAAACUGGAAGAGAAAAGGAAGGAGAUGGACAAAAACAUUUCCGAGGCCUUUGAAGACCUCAGCAAGCUCAUGGAGAAGGCCAAGGAGAUGGUGGAGCUCUCCCGGUCCAUUGCGAGCAAAAUCAAAGAGAAGCAAGGAGACAUCACAGAGGAUGAGACGAUCCGGUUCAAGUCCUACCUGUUGAGCAUGGGCAUCGCCAACCCGGUGACACGAGAGACUCACGGCUCAGGAACUCACUACCAUAUGCAGCUGGCCAGGCAGCUUGGGGACAUGCUCCUUGCCCCACUGGAGGAGCGAGGAGGCAUGAUGGCUCUGACUGAAGUCUAUUGCCUGGUGAACCGGGCCCGAGGCAUGGAGCUGCUCUCGCCGGAAGAUCUGGUCAACGCCUGCAAGGUGUUUGAGUCCCUGAAGCUGCCACUCAGGCUGCGUGUUUUUGACAGCGGCGUCAUGGUGGUCCAGCUGCAGUCCCACAGUGAGGAGGAGAUGAUCGCCUCAGCUCUGGACAAUGUGUCUGAAAAAGGCUCCCUGACCUCAGAGGAGUUUGCCAAGCUGCUGGGUCUGUCUGUUCUCCUGGCGAAGGAGAGGUUGCUGCUGGCGGAGAAAAUGGGACACCUGUGCCGUGAUGACUCAGUGGAGGGCCUGCGAUUCUACCCGAAUCUGUUCUAACAGGCCUGUGACACCGCCCCAGACGAAGAGUCCUUCUUGGGUGUGAACCACGUGCUUCGAGUCCAGCAGUACUCCUCCGACGCAGAGGAAAUAGCAGCCUCCUCCGCCCCCCCCCCUGCCCUCUGAGAUCACAUUCAGCUCCUGAAAAUAGAUGAAAUCUGCAUGAGGGCAGGACUGGGUCUGCAAAAGCUCAGACCCCUUUCCCACAUGCCAUAGCUUACGCAGGACUCUUUGCAGGGGUGGGGUGGGAUUAUUGGUAAUUUUUCCAAAUUCAGUUUACGUUCGGUGACACUGUUGAUCAGCACAGUGUUAUAAAUGCCACAUCACUCCAUAUCUUCUGUCCAUACAGUUUUUUUUUUUUUUUUAAUAAAUUAGCCUUUAAAACACUUUGUUCCUAUUGAUGACUUGGUCAUUUCUUAGCCGAAAUAAAAAAUAAAAUAAAAAAUU